AUGGAAACAAGCACGGUAAAAGUUGAACAAGAUGAUGAAAUACAUGGUGAUGUCAGCCAUGCACAAAUAAAAAUUGAAGCAAAGGAAAUAAAACAAGGUGAAAGUGGUGAUGAACAAGAAGACAAAGAACAACAUUGCCCUGAUACCUCACAGACUUUAUCUACUGAAAACGAGGAAGAUUAUGGAAUUCUGUUUUCACAGUAUACUACAACACUCUAUGAUGCAGCUAUGGAAGCUGUUACACAAAGCAUACUUACCAAUAAAAAUAUCAGCAAUCGAAAAAAGUCCCCAGCUUGGAACCAUUUUUUCAUUUCUCCACGAGACAGUACCAAAGCUAUAUGCAUGUACUGUAUGAAAGAAUUUAGUCGGGGCAAAAAUGAAAAAGACCUCAGUACAAGUUGUCUCAUGAGACAUGUAAGAAGGGCACACCCUAGAGUACUUGCCUCUGAAAAUGGAAAUUCAUCUGGUAUGUCAUAUUCUCCUCCCACAUUAGUUCUACCUCUGCAGCCUCCAGAUAAUGUGGACACUAUCACACAUACAAAAGUGAGGAAACCUGCAACAAAGAUUUCUCCAGAAAAGGUUGUGGAUGAGCCUUCAUCCGUUAUUUCUUCAGAUGAAAUUUCUUCAGACUUGUCAAUAUCUGAAAAAAAUGGUAAGGAAGAUGUUUCUGCUUCUCCCUCUGCUCUACCAAACAGCCAGUCUGAUGAAAGUGCAGAAAAUACAACAGAGAAACCGGUUUCAAAUCCCAAAAACUCCUCUGGCUCUAGAAGAAGAUCUGCUGUCUGGAAACACUUUUAUUUGUCUCCACUGGAUAACUCAAAAGCUGUUUGCAUCCACUGCAUGAACGAAUUUAGCAGGGGCAAGAAUGGAAAAGAUUUGGGCACUAGUUGCUUAAUAAGACAUAUGUGGCGGGCUCACCGUUCUAUAGUUUUGCAAGAAAAUAGUGGAGGCACGAGUUUGCCACCUCCUUAUUCUGUUCCUCCUACUCUCUUGCCAUCUCUUUUACCUGCAGAUGGAGAGGUUGCUUCUGCUGCUGCAUCUCCAGGGAAAAUGGGAAAAGACCCCAUUUCUGUACCUCCAUCUCCUGAUAGGGGAUCAGAAGAUUUGCAGUACUGUACUUCUAAUGGUGACUUAAUUAUUGAUGACGGAACACAAGUCCUGCAUUCUUCAGAAAAUGUGGGUGAAGCUUUCUGUUCUGGAAAAAGAAAGCCUAGUCAUAGCUCACCAGGAUAUGAAACACCUGUCGUCCCUCAGCAAAACAAAAAAGCAAUGAAAAGGUUAAAAUCUGAAGUUUGGCUUCACUUUACCUUAUCCCCAAAUGAUAAUUUAAAAGCUGUGUGUAGGUAUUGUAACUGCACGAUUAGCAGAGGUAAGAAUGGAGAUUUCGGAACUAGCUGUUUAAUGAGACAUCUUUAUAGGCGGCAUCCAGAAAUCGUUUUAAACCAAAAAAGUUUUGACGUCAGUCUAGCUAAUUCUCCAUAUGCUACAUUAGCAUCUGCAGAAUGCUCAUCCUCAAAAAUGACAGAUUUGUCAACUGUUGCAGUUCAUGAUAAUCAGGUUGUUUUUCCCUCAAAUAGUAAGAAGACCUCAAAACUGUGGAAUCACUUUUCAAUUUGUUCUGCAGAUUCAACUAAAGUAAUAUGUAUGCACUGUGGACGCACCAUAAGCAGAGGGAAGAAACCAACCAAUUUAGGCACCAGUUGUCUUUUGAGACACUUGCAGAGAUUUCACAGCAAUGUGUUACAUACCAAUGGUGUUUCAGAAGCCUCACCAUCUGCUGAUGUACAUUUGCCAGUAAAUUCUGGUUUAUCAGUCUCCUCUUUUGAUGAAACCAAUGAUAAAUUUAGUGACUCUCAUCCUGUUGCCAAAAAAAUCACAAGUCUUGUAGCCGAAAUGAUUGCACUUGAUCUUCAACCAUACUCGUUUGUGGAUAAUGUUGGUUUCAACAGACUUCUUGAAUACCUUCAACCUCAAUAUUCAUUGCCACCCUCUUCUUAUUUUUCUAGGACAGCUAUUCCUGAUAUGUAUGAAAAUGUGAAACACAUAAUUGUGUCCCACCUAAAAGAAGCUGAGAGUGGUAUGAUACAUUUUACAGCAGGAAUCUGGAUGAGCAGUCAGACACGGGAAUACUUAACACUUACUGCUCACUGGGUUACCUUCGAUUCCUCUUUUAAGCCACACAAUGAAGACUACCACUGUUCUGCACUUCUGCAUGUUUCCCAGAUUGACUGUGAUUAUAAUGGUGUCAGUGUUCAAAAACAUCUAGAAUACUUGUGGGAGUCCUGGAUUACCUCAUUUGGGCUUCAGAUAGGCAUCACUGUUACUGAUAAUCAUAGCAUAGGGAAAACAUUGAAUGAAAAUGAACGGUCAAGUGUCGAGUGUUUUGGCCACACUGUUGAUCUUAUCGUAAAUGAGGCCAUUAAGAGUCAAAGAAUGGUUCAAAAUCUGCUUAGCAUUGCAAGAAAAAUUUGUGAGCGUGUUCACAGAUCAACAAGAGCAAAGGAGAAGCUAGCAGAACUCCAAAGAGAGUAUGGAUUACCUCAGCAUCCACUGAUUCAAGAUGUACCAUCAAAAUGGAAUACUUCUUUUCAUAUGUUGGAACGGUUAAUUGAACAAAAAAGGGCAAUUGAUGAGAUGUCAAUCGAAUGCAACUUCCGGGAAUUGAUAAGCUGUGACCAAUGGGAGGUUAUGCAGUCUGUGUGUCAUGCACUAAAACCCUUUGAAGCUGCCAGUAAAGAAAUGAGCAUGCACACAGCUACUUUAAGUCAGGUAAUUCCAAUGAUUCAUAUACUUAACCGAAAGAUUGAAAUGUUGUUCGAGGAGACAAUGGGGAUAGACACCAUGCUAAAAUCACUUAAGGAGGCUAUGGUUUGUCGCCUGUCCUCCACACUUCAUGAUCCAAGAUAUGUAUUUGCAACACUCUUAGAUCCUCGGUACAAAGCAUCCUUAUUUGCUGAGGAGGAAGCCGAGGAGUACAAACUAGGAUUAAUCAGGGAACUGGAAAUACUUAAUUCUACCUCAGAUGAUGCUCCUGUUCUUAAUGGGUGUAAUAAACAUUCUCCUAACCACAAAGAGGACAAUAUUUGGUCACUCAUGGCCAACAUUAAAAAGUCCAAGAAUUUAAAAGAGAAAUUGCCUGAAGAUAUUGUGUUGGCAUACUUAGAAGAAGAAGUACUUGAGCAUAACUGUGAUCCACUCACUUACUGGAAUUUGAAGAAAUCCUCAUGGCCAGUUCUCUCUAAACUGGCAGUCCGAUUUCUUGGCUGUCCACCUAGCAUUGUUCCAUCAGAGAAGCUUUUUAACACCUCAAAUGACAGUGCAAGUUUUAACCAAACUAGACUAAUGAUGGAACAUUUUGAGCAACUAAUAUUUUUAAAGGUUAAUCUCCCUCUAAUAUACUUUCAGUAUUGA